GCUAAAAUGAACACUCGUGUGCGCACAAAAAUUAGGAUUAUUAAGUUCGAGGAAGGAGAGCGCAAGCUAUUUCAGAAGUACCUUACUGUGCUGAGUAGAGCAACCAAUCGCAAAGCAUCAAAGCUGCAGAGCCGUGACACUAAUAGAUUUAUAAGUCCAAGAGUUACAGCCAAUAAACCUCGGUUAUUUAGCGACUCAAGAGAGUCGGAUGAUGACUCGAAUAGUAGAGAUAGUGUACUCUCUGCAGUCAGAGUCCGCAAGGACAUUGCUAAAGCAAACAGUUUUAUCCUCAAAAAAGCUCCAAUGUGUGUUAAGCACAAGAAAGAAGAUCUUGUGAGUUUACCAGAUGCUAAUGAAAGAAACCGAGGGCUUAGACCACUGUCACCUAUCAGAGCUCUGAGCAAUCAUUUGAGUCCAAGAAACCAAGAAGCCUGAGAUCGCCUGAAUAUCGAGAGAAAUGGUCAAGAAAUCAGAAGAGUAAACCGUAAUGUAAUGCAUUGAGGGAUCCAAGGAAGGAAGGUCUCAGAAGGAAUCCAAAGACAAAAGAGCCCAUUCAUGAGACAAAUUGAUGAAAUUACCCUAAAAGUAUCAGACGCGAAGAAUAAUCGGAGGGGAUGAAACUCUCCAUUUGCUCUAAAUGCAACACUUGGAAGGAUUCUGAGUAUGAAAAAGAAAUCAAAAAUAUCUACCUUCUCCGAAUGACUUGCUAGUUCAAGAGUAGGAAGCCCUAGACGAUUUCAAUUGGUUAGGCAGAAGUUCAUAAAUGGGAAAUUUUUAAGUAACAAGAUGGAUUCCUCCCAACUUGAGUCCCUUCUCUAAUGUGCCACAUUAAAGUGCAAAUUAACAUUAUUCAUAAAAACCUGUAGACGUGUUUU